AGUAGACAAAAAGAAUAUGCAGAUCGAAAGGCUAGAGACUUAGAGUUCAUGGAGGGUGAACAAGUCUUGUUGAAAGUUUCACCAAUGAAAGGGGUGAUGCGGUUUGGUAAAAGGGGUAAACUAAGUCCAAGGUACAUUGGACAAUUUGAAGUACUUAAGCGAGUAGGAGAGGUGGCUUAUGAGUUAGCCUUGCCUCCAAGGCUGUCUGGAGUACAUCCGGUGUUCCAUGUGUCGAUGUUGAAAAGAUACCAUGGGGAUGGAAACUACAUUAUCCGUUGGGAUUCAGUUUUGCUUGAUGAGAACUUGUCUUAUGAGGAGGAGCCUGUUGCUAUUUUAGAUAGAGAAGUUCGCAAGUUGAGGUCAAGAGAGAUUGCAUCCAUCAAGGUACAAUGGAAGAAUCGACCCGUUGAAGAAGCCACUUGGGAGAAGGAGGCGGAUAUGCGAGAAAAAUACCCACAUGCAAUGAAUACUCAAAGAACAGCCACUCGAAGACUUGAUGGAGAAAUUGCACAUGUGAGAGCUCCUCCCCGAGGCAAUCAAGUCCCUCCUCUUGAAGAAGUUGCAAAUGAUGACCAAGCUCCGGUCAAUCCUCCUUCUUUGACGGAUCGAGCUCUGCCUUUCUCCAAAUGGCCCAAGCCAAUACUACUAAAGCACAAGCCAUGA